UCAGUCGAAAAAGUACAAACUAUCGCGAACAGCGGUAAUGUCAAGAUCUCCUCUCGGCGGAAGAGGCUGCAAAUGCUGUGCAAGGCUUCCCAAACGCGCUCUAAUAUCUUCCUCAAAAGAGCCCUGUGUAGGACAGAGAACGGAGUAGAGACGCGAUCUUAUAUCUUCCUCAAAAAGAUGCCUCACCAGGAUAUUAGUCGAGUAAAGAUUAAUCCAUUGGUCUCUUAUGUGCCGGUUCAUGGUGUCAACGCUGGCCGCAUGUGUCCAGAAGGAGUCGUGCACUGCAGCGAAGUCAAUGCCUGAAACCAAAAGAAGCCGAAACCCUUGACCUGAUCCCUUCCUUUCUUAAGUCGUCGAAGAUUCACCCUCUGUCUGACAGGCUUCGGCUGUCAUCAUCAUGUGAGAAGCGUCCAGGGAAUGGAUAAAAUUUGGAGGGAAACCACUUUUCUGCCUAUAUUUGUCAGUCUUCAUCUCAUCUGAGGGCUCCUUCAACAACACCGUUUUUUGCAGCGGCGUCCGUACUGUAACAUUCGCGAGGUCUCGGUAAGGCUGAUGACACGGCCUGCAAACGAAAAGAAAAAAAUGAAAAGGACACGAAAAGUCGUCCGCUUACAAGCCGACUCCGCUGAUCCAGGCUACCGGGACCCCUACUUUGUUGCAAAUCCUUGACACGUCAUCAAACCUAUCACGACAUCCCAACACAGUCAGUGUAGCAUUUAAGCCUGCGUUCUCACCAUUUCUUGAUUCUCAUCGCUUUGCGGAAAACCUCGUCGAUUGACCUCAGGACCUGUGUGGCCAGGUACUGCGCAAUCUCAGCUAAUAUUUUCUCCUCUACAGUUUCCCCAAGAAGGUCUUCCAGCUGUGCAAGAACCUGAAACGUAUACAGCAUGUCCUGAAACUCGUCGGCAGUGGUUCAGAAUAAUAGUGACCUUACCUGGUCUUUCGCACCGAGUACAGUGACUCCGUAAACCACCGUCAUCACCGUCUGCUUUACCACCUUAAAUGACCCCAUUCGAGCGAGGACCAGACGAUGGGUAUGGUUACCUGCGUUGGUUCAGGUCUUAUCACCUUUCGCUGCAGCACUUGGUGUUCGAGACAAAAUCUGGCAAUUUCUGAUCUUCUUUCUGAACGUGAAGGGGCGUUAGCGUGCUCUUCGACCUACAACAAUCGUGCACGAGGAGCAUUGUCGUAUUGUCCCAUUCCUCACUUUUUCUUUGACGAUAUCGAGUACACGGGAAUAGACGUCUUGGGGCCUCUCGCUCGGUGUGAUGUUCACCGCUACAGCUCCAUCGAUAUCACGGCCCAGUGCUGCAUGUGAUUGGAUCAUGUGUUCCUUGUGGGACGCUAGUUGUUGCUUACAUGCGUAGUGUUGUAGUCCAUUGCACGAGCCGUCUUGGUGUACAGGAAUCGCGCUUCUAUAGGUAGACGGCUCUCCCGAUUCGAUCGCCUCAAUAUACUCCAAAGAUGCAGCGAGGGCCUGCCAAGGAUCCUCCGCCUCCACCCAUGAGAAAUUUCGCCGAAUAAAGGCUGUCUCUCCAUCUUCUUGGCUUAGCACUCUGUAUUCUUCCCGCCACUUCGGCGUUUGCUGCUCCACCCAUUCAACUCGUUCAGCAAACGUCAAUUUGUCGUUCCCCCACAAAUUGGCAAGAUGCACCUUCAGCCAGAAGAGACCUCUGUCACCCAAAGGCCUCGCCAGGUGGAAACGCAGAAGGCCUCUUGCCACGUCGUCUCCUUGGUGGUUCAAGUGAGGCGGUAUCGGAUACACCCGGCCUCUAAAGUCGACGUUAUGGGGAAAGUAAAUAGCAUCCGCGUGGCGAAAAGCAUUGGCCGAGGACAACUUGAGAAGAAACGCAGGACGAAGCGAAAGCAUUUUGACGCGCUCUCGUGCUUGCUAGGCGACGAUCGAAAUGAUGCAUGCCAAUCACGCCAAACGUAAAAAGAAGUCCGUUUUCUUACGUGUGAAAGGGUCAGACGCUCUAACCGCGACAUCUCGUCCGCUUCGACGACAAGCGCCUGUCCGUGAUCGUUUUUGGAGUCGUGAUCGGGCAACCUGAUUGGCGACAUCUCCUCCGCUUCGACGACAAGCCCCUGUCCUUGAUCGUUGCCGGACUCGUGAUUUAGUAAUCUAAUCGAUUGGUAAAGCGAACAACCCAUACGCCACUAUGCCAUUUGCCAGUUUCGAUUUUCACCUCGGAGGCACGUUGCCGAUCUUAACAUUCUCGUCCCACGCAAGUUUCAUCAAGUUCAGGAUCUUCCCAUUAAUGUGCCACGGCACUUCCCCGAGCUUGGACACAAUAGCGAAGACACGUUCAAGCUUACAAGCCUUGAAGACAUUCUUCAACGAGCGGGACGAUCCCGUGACCCGGACAAACGAAGACCUGACACAGUGACUCAGGUUAAGUGUAUGGUCGAACUGGCAGGGAAAUCCGCACCUUAUUGUGAGGUAUCCACCUUCUGCAUAACCUGUCCACGGAAUAGGAGCGCAAACCAUUGGCUGGAGUUUUGGCUUCAUGUACACACAAAAACACCAAUCCAUACACACAAAAGUGGAGACUCUUGACUCGAGGUUGUUCCAUUCCUUUCCUCUUUGCCGACGUGUGCGUACAUCAAGGAGCGCGACGUCGCUAGUAGUCAUGGGAACGUCAAGCAUCUCCGCAACGAAUGGACGCAUCUGCACAAGGCCGUACUUCUUCCCCUUGGCCCAGCGAUAAGCAUGGCGAAACGCCGGGACCUCAACCUUGAAAAAGUCUCGUCGACUGCGGAACAGCUCGUAGUAGUCUUCUUCGUUCCCAACAAUGCAAUCACUGGAUGGUAGGUCACCAGAAGCCCUUUCUUCCCUCCGCUCUCCUGCUAAAACCUUAUCCAACAAAUGGAGUAGAGGUUUGCCGCUUUGGUAAAGCGUUGUCAGCUUCUACCUUUUUUGCUUUAUCGAAAUCAACUGCUACAGUCGCAUGCUGCAGCAACAAGUUGACUAGCAGGCCACCGACGGAGAGACGCUCAGCUUUGGGCCAAGUCGGGUUCUCCAUACGGCUGCUCAUGACCUGACAGGCUUUUCUUGUCGAGGUUUGCGCCGCUGCUUUCCAUCGAUAGUAGUCCGCAUAGCUGCUAGAUCCGAAAGUCCCCUCGAUUUCUGUCAAGACAUUCGGAAGAAGAAGAUCUGCAAACCAUUCUGUUUGGCUAUGCAUCGAUACCCUUCGCGUUCCAUUCUUGGUUUACUACGUCCCCGACCGCCAGUCCGACCUUUUUAAAAUAACAACAUCGUCAGAUCCAAAUAAAAAAUCAUCAGAUCCAUCGCUGUGAAUGCUUCCCGUCUUCAAAGCUAAUAUAUUAAGCCCUCACUUGAGCAACGGUCGCUUCACGAAAAAGGGAAGGCUUGGGCAUUGCAGACUUAUUCCCCACAGGAGCAUACAGAGUCUCCAUCACCGUCUUGCACGUAAUGACACUCAGUAACAACGAUCCUAAAGUCUCCUUGGCCUCGAUGAACUUCGCCGUAGUGUGUUUGUUUCCUCGGGCGACUCCAGUUGACGCUUCUCUAUCGAUGGCGAUUUCCAAAUCCUUAACCCACUGUCCCCAUAUUCGCUUUGUUUUGCUGGUGAUUGCAAAACGAUCCACAGCCAAUGAUUCCCGGAACGUUUCGAUUGCUGCCUCCCUGACAUAGACAGAAGACUGUACACAUGCGCAUGCCGCAUGCCACAUGCCACACGUCUUGCCGAAUCAAGACUUACCAUAUGUUCCGCUCAAUCAUGCUCUGACGCUUCAAUGAUAUCUCGCGUCUGUCCGUGCUAGUUCUCUUUCUCGAAAUCCCCGAAGGAGACGGAAUGGGAAAGGAGUUCUCUCCAUAUAAGGACUCUUUCCAAGCACCAACCACUUCUGCUGGAAAGAGGUCGUCCAUUUCUCGAGGGACGUAUAUCGAGGAUUGAAGCUGCUCGAUGUGGCGAAAGAAUACCUCUUGUGGCAGGUCUGACAAGACUAUCCCUUUUCCCAUGAGAUAGAUCUCGGCUCUGCUGAUGACCUCUGUCACCUGAGAAGGGGCUUGCGCCUCCAGGUCUGCCGCACGGCACUCGCCCAGAAGCUGAAACAGCACUCUCCUCUGCUGAUCUGACAUGUGCAGCAAUGCGUCGAGUGCUCUGGAGGGCUCAGCAGACGUUGUGAACGCCUUGCUGUGGGCCACCCGCUGCCACCGCAAACAGAUCCACGCUCGAGGAUUUGAUGCUCCACCCUUGUUGAAGGCCACCAAGCCCCUAGCCGCAGUGUGAACUCGCUGAAUCAU